AUGGCACCACCAGCUUCCGGGCGCAAGUCUAAGAACGUUAGCAAGGGUAAAAAUGAUGCGAAAACUUUGAAAAGGAAAAGAGAUAUAGAAGAUCUUGAAAAACUUCAGAAAUCAAUUGAUGAGCUUGAUGCGAAAGCAGAAAUCAAAAACUUCUCUGAACUUCCCCUGUCUGAACCGACAUCAUCUGGACUCGAAGCAUCUCACUUCAAAACUUUGACGGACGUUCAAUCGAAAGCUGUACCUCUUGCGCUCAAGGGAAAAGAUAUUCUGGGCGCUGCGAAAACUGGUAGUGGAAAGACUCUUGCAUUUUUAGUACCGGUAUUAGAGAACCUUUACAGACAGAAAUGGACAGAAUUAGAUGGCCUUGGCGCUCUCAUUAUAUCUCCAACUCGUGAAUUGGCCAUACAAAUCUUCGAGGUUCUGCGAAAAAUCGGACGAUACCACACCUUCUCGGCAGGAUUGAUCAUUGGAGGUCGGAGUCUGCAAGAGGAGAGGGAACGUUUAGGGAGGAUGAAUAUACUUGUGUGUACACCCGGGCGCAUGUUACAACAUAUGGACCAAACGGCUGCAUUCGAUGUUGAUAACCUACAAAUGUUGGUCCUAGAUGAGGCAGAUCGAAUCAUGGAUAUGGGAUUUCAAACAUCUGUCGACGCUAUACUAGAACAUUUACCGAAACAAAGGCAAACGAUGCUAUUUAGUGCCACACAAACGAAGAGAGUCUCGGAUCUAGCAAGAUUGAGUUUGAAGGAACCCGAAUAUGUCGCAGUACAUGAAGCAGCAUCCUCAGCCACCCCCACAACAUUACAACAACAUUACUGCGUAGUGCCGUUGCCUGCAAAGCUCAACACGCUAUUUGGCUUCAUUAGAGCUAACCUAAAGGCUAAAAUAAUAGUAUUUAUGUCUUCAGGCAAGCAAGUACGUUUUGUCUACGAAAGUUUAAGACAUUUACAACCUGGUAUUCCAUUGCUUCAUCUCCACGGUAGGCAAAAGCAAACCGCAAGGCUUGACAUAACUUCGAAGUUCUCUUCAUCGAAAAAUUCAUGUAUAUUUGCGACAGAUGUUGUUGCAAGAGGUCUUGACUUUCCUGCAGUCGAUUGGGUGAUUCAAUUAGAUUGCCCCGAGGAUGCUGAUACCUAUAUUCACAGAGUUGGUCGAACUGCACGUUAUGGGAAAGUAGGCCGGGCAGUCAUGUUUUUGGAUCCAUCUGAGGAAGAGGGCAUGCUGAAACGAUUGGAACAUAAGAAAGUACCGAUACAAAAGAUUAAUAUCCGACCGAACAAGACGCAAGACAUCAAAAAUCAAUUACAAAACAUGUGUUUCCAGGACCCUGAGCUGAAAUACCUAGGUCAGAAAGCAUUUGUCAGUUAUGCCAAAUCUAUCUUCUUACAAAAAGACAAGGAGAUAUUCAAUAUCAAUGAGGUUGAUCUGGAGGGUUUUGCAUCGAGUAUGGGUCUUCCCGGUGCGCCAAAGAUUAAAUUCCAGAAAGGAAACGAUGCAAAGAAUGUCAAGAAUGCUCCAAGAGCUGCUAUUGAGUCUAGCGACGACGACAGCGAAACCGAGAAGAAACCUAAAAAGAAAGAAGAAGUCCGAACGAAAUACGAUAGAAUGUUUGAGCGCCGUAACCAGGAUGUUUUGUCUGGUCAUUACUCCAAGAUGAUCGCAGAUGAUACCCCUAUGAAGGAUGUAGAUGGUACCGCGGACGCUGAUGAAGACAAUGACUUUUUGUCAGUGAAGAGAGUAAUACCUGUGGGUAACAAUGAUAGUUCCGACGACGACGAUGAAGAUGUUGCUGCGACUGGGCCACUAGGAAAGGUUAUCGAGGGUAUUAGCAAGGAUCCUAUUGUGAUAGACUCGAAACGAAAAGAGAAACUUUUGAAAUCUAAGAAGAAGCUUCUUAAGCUCAAAGAUAGAGGAACCAAAUUGGUAUUCGAUGAAGAAGGUAAUCCUCAUCAAGUAUACGAAUUGGAAGACGAAGAAGAUUUCCGCGCAAGAGGUCCAGCCGAGGAGCAACGAGCUAAGUUCUUGGAAGAAGAAGCCGAAAGAGUUCGUCAAGCAGAUCUUCUUGAUAAACAAACUGCAAAGGACAAGAAACGAGAAAAGCGUGAGAAACGUAGAGCGAGAGAAGCAGCAUUGGAGGAUGACGAUGAGGCACCUGAAUUGGUUGGUGCUGGGGAUGAUGAAGAUCCUAUGGCUCUUCUUAGAUCUUUGCCUCUACCAGAAGACGAAGAGGAUGAAGAUAGUUCGGCAAGGCCUGCAAAGAGACCUAAGAAAUGGUUUGAGGAUGAUUCAGAUGAUGAGAGAAAGGUUGCUAAGAGAAAGAGUCGUGUUAUUGAAGCUGCAGAUGAACCUGAGACACUGGAAGAUUUGGAGGCUUUGGCUGCUGGUCUUCUUAAUUAA